AUGGCUUCUCCUCUCACCCCACUUCCCCAUAGUCCUCCUCCAUUUCAGGUCUGCAUUCUGGAAGAGAUGGCUUCUGAGAAGGCCAAUGUUGGAGAUCUCAAUGCUUCCACCAGCAGCAAACAAGGUAUCCCCUCAGAAAAAAUGCCUAGCAUGAAAAGCACAAGCAAUUCUAAUAUUGAGAAAGCACUUGCCCAGAGAGCACUUUUUGGGUCACGGAAUCAUCGCACUAAGGGCAGAAAAAUCAAGAACAGUGGGGCUGGAUUGUUGCCAAGUAGGCUAAGCCAGGUUUCUUUGGCUGAUGAUUCAUCCGACUAA